AUGAAGUCAAGAUUAAAAUUAGAAAUACUUGCAAUUGUUUUUGCUCUAAGUAUUUAUGGCAUCGCAGGUAAAACAAAUCAUAUUAGCAAAGAUUUUAAAUAAUCAGAACUUCCUACUCAAUUUUCUUGGGCAAGUGUAAAUGGAGUUAACUAUUUGAGUUACGUAAGAAACUAAUUAGCUCCUAGAUUAUGUGAUUCUGGAUGGGCUUUUUCUGUUACUUCUUCACUAAAUGAUAGAAUAAAAAUUAAAAGGCAAAAUGCUGGGCCUGAUUUUAUUCUUUCUCCUUAAGUUUUAAUUUCUUGCAAUGAUGACAGUAAUGGAUGUCGUGGAGGAUCUCCAUAAACAGCAUACGAAUAUAUUUUGAGAAACAACAUUACUGAUGAAACAUGCUCUCCUUAUACUGGUAGAGAUUUUAGAGAUGGCUAUUAAUGCAGCUCACUAACUGUUUGUAUGGAAUGCUGGCCAAAAGUAGGGUGCAAAGCUAGAGAUGAUGCUUACAUUUAUUCAAUUGAAAGUUGGGAUUAAGUUAAAGGUGAAGAAGAUAUGUAAUAAGAAAUAUUUAAUCAUGGUCCCAUUUCUUGCGUAAUUAACUCUACAGAAGAUUUUAGAAACUACACUGGUGGAAUACUAAAUCCUCCAGAUUCUCCUGUUUAAAUUACACAUUCUUUAAGCAUUGUUGGUUGGGGUGAAGAUGAGAAGUAAACUAAAUAUUGGAUUGCUAGAAACUCUUUAGGCACAUUUUGGGGAGAAAAUGGAUUCAUCAGAAUUAUUAGAGGUAAAAAUGCUCUUAAAAUUGAAAGUGAUUGCUCCUAUGGUAGAAUUAGAGAUACAUGGAGCUAAUAAAUAAGAAAUAACACCUCGUUUAGCAAGAGCAAUUCUAGUUAUACUUCAAAUAAUUAAUAGGAACACAAAAUUAAUUUAGAUAUCAAUUCUAAAUCUGAAAAAAAUAUUAUUUAGUAAGCUAAAGAUGAGUUAAAGCAAAUCUUUUAAGAGUCAUAUCAGAAAUAUCAACCUUUAAUUGAAUCUAUUUCUAGUAGCUUUAGUAAUAACAUAGAAUUAGAUGUGAGUACCCUUCCUACCAAUUUUACUUGGGGUAAUGUAAACGGAGUUAAUUACUUAACUUAAAUAAAAAACCAACAUAAUCCAUAGUAUUGUGGGGGAUGCUGGUCUUUUGCUGUUACAAGCAGCUUGUAGGAUAGAAUAAAAAUUGCACGCAAUAGAACAGAUAUUCCUGAUGUAAUUCUUUCAAAUCAGAUGAUUAUAAAUUGCCAUUUAGGUGGUUCCUGCUUUACUGGAGGAGUUUCAUUGAUAACCUACUAUUUCCUUUCAUAAAUUGGAGUUGUUGAAGAUUCUUGUAUGCCUUACUAAGCGAAAGAUUAAUGGCUUCCUGUUUGCAAUACCAAAUAAUAAUGUAUUUCAUGUGAGCUUCCUUCUGCUCCUAUCAGUAACACAACUGAUAUAUCUUCUAUCUGUCCAGCUCAAACAAAGUAUCCUUACAAGAAAUGGAAAGUAAGUAAGUUUGGACACAUUACAGGUGUAAAGUAAAUGAAAAGCGAAAUAUAUUCUAGAGGACCUAUUUCUUGUACCAUUGAUGCCACUGAUAAUUUAGAAAAUAAUUACACAGGUGGUAUUUACAGUGAAAAAGUUAAGUUACCUAUACCCAAUCACUAUGUGUCUGUAGUUGGAUGGGGUUAGACUUUAGAAGGUGAGGAAUACUGGAUAGUUAGAAAUUCUUGGGGAACCUAUUGGGGAGAGGAAGGAUUUUUUAAGUUAAAAAUGCACAAAGACAAUUUGGGUUUAGAAUUUGGUUGCUCUUGGGGAGUUAUAGAUCUUUAAUAAUGA